CUACGUGCUCAGAGUCACAGCUCCGAGGAAACACCGGGAUCAUUUAGCUGUCAUUUCACCCAAAACAUGGCCGAAAACAAGUCUUAUACCAUUGUGGAGUAUUUCGGAGGUGACAGCGGAUAUCAGUGUGGCUACUGCAAAAAUUCCGUGGGGAACUUUUCACAUGGUAUGUGGUCACACACAAUGACAGUGCAGGAUUAUCAAGACCUUAUAGACCGAGGAUGGAGAAGAAGUGGGAAAUAUGUCUAUAAGCCUAUACUGAACAAGACAUGCUGUCCACAAUAUACUAUUAGAUGUCAUGCACUUAAAUUCCAGCCUUCCAAAUCCCAUAAGAAAAUCCUUAAAAAGAUGAGCAAAUUUCUUUCAAAAGGGGAUUUGUCGACAGUAGGAGUAGAUGGGGAGUUAAUGGUGUGCGAUUUAGCGGGUCCACGGGAACCCAGUAGGUCAUGUCCGUCUGAAUCCAAGUGCCCAUCGAUAUCAAACGUCCACAAAGAGGACUGUCCCACAGCAGCUCAAGGACAGGAGGAGCAGGAUGGGCCCAUAGCGCCCACAGCAUCCGCAGCAACCACAGCACCCACAGAGGCUACUACGAAUGAUACGUCUGUCCCACCAACAGCCUCUGCUCCUAAACCAGGAACGGGAGCGGAUCCCAACAAGCCGCCGUGUCGUAAGGCCAAAGACAUCCGGAACGAGCGGCGACUUCAGAAGGAGCAGAAGAGGCAGAGCUCUGACGGAAUCGCACCCUCAACCAAGCCUCCUCCCACGGGCCCUAGCCAAAGUAACCAGCCCAAAAGCCUGGAGGACUUCAUAGAGGAGUCCCUCACUGAUGGCAACGCUCAUAGCCUUGAGGUGAGGCUAGUGCGCUCCAAUCCCCCCAGCCCGCAGUUCAAAGCCUCUUUCGACGCCUCCUACAAAGUGUACAAACUCUACCAGAUGGCCAUUCACAAGGACCCUCCUGAAAAACCGUCCGAGAGCCAGUUCCGGAGAUUUCUAUGUGAUUCACCACUAGAGGCUGAAAAUUCAGAUGAUGGGCCGGAGAUGGGCUAUGGCUCCUUCCAUCAGCAGUACUGGCUGGAUGGGCGUAUCGUAGCUGUGGGUGUGGUAGACAUCCUGCCCUCCUGUGUAUCCUCUGUGUACUUGUACUACGACCCAGAAUUCGCCUCACUGUCUCUGGGCUCCUACUCUGCUCUCAGGGAGAUUGCCUUCACCAGACAGCUGCAGAAACAGUCCCCCAAGCUCUGCUACUACUACCUGGGCUUCUACAUCCACUCCUGCCCCAAGAUGCGCUACAAGGGGCAGUACCGGCCUUCAGACCUCCUGUGCCCGGAGACCUUCACCUGGGUGUCCAUAGAGAGAUGUGUCCCUAAACUGGACCAGAGCCGCUACGCACGCUUUAACCAGGAUCCUAAUGCAGAAGACGCCCGUAUGCUGAAGGAAGUGGACCGAGCUCUGGUCCUGUACAAACGCACCGCGAUGCCGUACGGCGUUUACUGUCGCAAACGAAAAGGCUCCAGCGACGAGGCGGAGGUGAAGCAGUACGCCUCGCUGGUGGGACAGGACUGUGCCCAACGCAUCCUGCUGUUCAGACCCUGAACAGCGCCCCCUACCGUCUGUCUGUGCUCUAUGUGUCUGUCUGUCCCUCUGUGUUAAAGUGCUUUCUGCUGCUUCCUUAAAUACAGAUUAGUUACUCUCUAAAUUACACUAUAACUUAAAAUCACGCGAUGCAGGUACCACAGAACAGGGGUCCCCAACCCCCGGGCCGCAGACCGGUACCAGGCUGUGGGUCCUUUGAUACCAGGCUGCAAAAGCGCAAUCCCCCUCCCCCACCCAUACGCAUCUCUAAACCAGAACUAAACCAAGUCUAAAACCAGAACUAAACCAAGUCUAAAACCAAAACUAAACCAAGUCUAAAACCAGAGCUAAACCAAGUCUAAAACCAGAGCUAAACCAAGUCUAAAACCAGGAUUAAACCAGGUCUAAAACCAGAACUAAAACGAAGACUAAACCAGGACUAAACCAGGACUAAACCAGGUCUAAACCAGGUCUAAACCAGGACUAAAGCAAGCCUAAAACAGGAUUUAACCAGGUCUAAACCAGCACUAAACCAGGACUAAACCAAAACUAAAACCAGGACUAAAGCAGGUCUAAAACCAGGACUAAACCAGGACUAAACCAAAACUAAAACCAGGACUAAAGCAGGUCUAAAACCAGGACUAAAACCAGCACUAAACCAGGACUAAAACAAAACUAAAACCAGGACUAAACCAGGACUAAAACAAAACUAAAACCAGGACUAAAGCAGGUCUAAAACCAGGUCUAAAGCAGGUCUAAACCAAGAUUAAAACCAGGACUAAACCAGGUCUAAAACAGGACUAAAACAAAACUAAAACCAGGACUAAAGCAGGUCUAAACCAGGACUAAACCAGGAUUAAAACAAAACUAAAACCAGGACUAAAGCAGGUCUAAAACCAGGACUAAAGCAGGUCUAAAACCAGGACUAUAGCAGGUCUAAAACCAGGACUAAAGCAGGUCUAAAACCAGGACUAAAGCAGGUCUAAAACCAGGUCUAAAGCAGGUCUAAACCAAGACUAAAACCAGGACUAAACCAGGUCUAAAACAGGACUAAAACAGCUGCUCUGCGCCGCACGGAGUUAAGCGCAGCCGCCGCCUGAUCGUGCUUUACGGACACAAUGCUCCACAGGCUCGGGGUUCUCUCUCUCUCAAGUCCAAAAUUAGUCCUGGUUUAGACUUGGUUUAGGACCGUGUCUAAAACCAGGUCUUAAAACCAGGACUAAACCGUGUCUAAAACCAGGUCUAAACCAGGUAUAAAACAGGAAUAAAACCAGGACUAAAACAGGAUUUAACCAGGACUAACCCAGGAUUAAACCAUGCCUCGCCACCACAGUCCCUGGUCCGCGAAAUAUUGUUGAACAUAAAACCGGUCCAUGGCUCUCAAAAGGUUGGGGACCACUGCCAUAGAACACACAUUGUUAUAUUUUAUCUCACAAAUUUCAAUAGAGGCUCAUCAAUAUAUUGGAAUAUUGUGGAAAAUCUAAUAUCAAAUGCAGCCCUCUGUCCUUAACCCUACAAUACAACUUCACAAACCUAAUGCGAUGUGGAGUAGUUUCAACAUCAGGAUGCACUCUGAUAGUAUUGUGAAUGUGUUCUGAAGGGAGAGUGAUUUAGCAGAGGGAGCAAGGCGAGCCAAAAAUAAGACAGAAACUUAUUGCACAUUUUAAUAAGUUUUUUUUGCCGAAUAAAACAUUUUCAAAACAUUUUUAGUCCACAACUAAUAAUACACUCCCCCACCACAUUCAUGCGUAAACAGUGAGUCACUGUCAACCUGAACAUUUGAAAAAGUAAAUUAAGUGAGUUAAUAGUUAAAAUGUAGUAACUUUUUCCACAAUAUUCUCUUUAUUUGAGAUGCCUCUGGAUAAUGUUGUUUUAUCUAAAUGUAUCCGAUUGUUUUAAUUAAUUCUCUACUGUCACUGUGUUUAAUUCUGUCACCAACUUUACCUUAUAAUGACUCUUAAUGCUGAAAAGCUUGUUGUGUAAUUGUCUUAAAAUGAAUUGGACUCGGGCUCUUUCCUGAUCUUUUGAAUGUAUAAAAUAAGAUGGUUUAUUGGCUGCAGUGAAGGAAAAACAUCGCAUUUUUCUUUGAUAUAUUUAUAGAGUUCUUUGCUUUUCUUUAAAUAUUGACACUGUUAUUUUGAGUAAACCAAAUAAUAAAUAUAUUCCCUACACAGA